AUGGUGAAUCGUUCCACCCGUUUGCAGCGUGGGCCGCUGAAAAAGAAGACAACAGCAGUGGCAGCCCGGACUUCCUCUCAUGCAGAGCAGCCGUGCGCAGAUGGCCCCGCGAAGACCAGCAGCCCUCAGACGAAUAGUAUUAAAAAUGUCGAAAUGACCGUAGGGGUGCAUGCUUCACCUGCCGUGGCCGUGGGUGACACGCCGCAGGGGAAGUUGCGGCUGCGACGCAGGGCAAAGAAGGACAGACCGCUGGUGGCUGCGAAAACAGACAUGAAAAGCACCGUCAGGAAUAGGAAGCGAGGCAGGGCGCGUGGCAGCCAACCCGGAAGAGGAUCGACCGCGACAACCAUCGUACAUGACGAACAGCGCGUUACACGAAGGCCUGCUGGCGGUAACCGUCAGCGGAAUCAACACCGUCAGCUCGCCGAGAAACUUGUUGCCCGUGAAGAGCACCAAAGCCGAAAAAAGGCUGCGGAGAAGAGGAUGGAGACGGCAAAGGCUGAGCUUGCACUGUUUGAUCAGGUGAUGCAGAUUCCAUCGUUUGAGGAAAAUCCGUUUGCUGCAAUUGAGGGGCAUUUGAACGGGACGAUGGCAUUCCUGCAGCCGCAGACUCCCGACGUGGGGCGACGCAAACUGGAGGAAUAG